UCAAGUCUGCUGUAGUUUGCCCAAUUGCUAAGAUGAGGUGGAUCUUGUCCGCUUCUUUACUGUGGACAUGCGCGUCGGUGCGCUCGGUUCAGGUUCGGACGCUGGAAGCGCGGGAGGAAGAGCCCUGCGGGCGGCGGUCCCAUGAGGAGAUCGCCCAGGGCUUCUCCAAAGUCUUGAAGAUGCUCCGUGCAGGAUACCUCAAGAAGCAAAAGAAGGCUCGGGCCCUCCAGGAAGCUGCGAACGGCACUGACACCACCGAGCAUUUGCUAACGGAGCAGCAAGAGGCUGAGGAGGAAGCGACGGCGCAGCAGGCCCUCUCGCAGCAGGCGGAGCGCUACGCUGCAGAGGUGCAGGCAGUGAUUUGUGACGCAACGUUGCAAAUCCUGGAGAUGCAGGCGAAGAUUGAUGACAAGCUGUGGUGGCUGAGAUCGGCUCUGUACGGAAAGACCGCGCUGCAGCUGCCCUUUACCAUGAAGGGCGACAGCUCGACCAAUCAGUGGGUAGACGUGCUGCUGCGCGGAAGCACCACGCAGCGAAAGGCUGCGAAGGCUCUGAGAUACAUCCACCUCUCCCAGAUCCACGUGUUACGUGUCAGAAAGCUGGUGCAGACGGUGCUACUGGCAGAAGCUCGCAGCAAAGGUGUGGAUAUUGUGACGGACGACUUGUUCGAGGUCCUGUCCCCUGCGUAUGGAUUCUUCCACGAGGCGCUCAAGGCGAAGCUGGAGGGCGGGUUGUGCCAUGUGCUGGACAACAGCGAGGACUUCUCUGGGCAGUACCAGGAGUUCAUCAGCCAAGCCUGGCCGGAGCCGGGCUCUGGUGCGCCAGUGGGCAAGAUCAUGCAGGCCGCAGAUUUCCUGCCAAGCGUCCUUGACACUGCGGGCAACCUGACCGCCUGGGAGGUGGUGGCGGGCAAGCCGCCGCCUGCCAAGUGCAUCAAAGAUGCGGAGAGCCGGUCUUGCCGCAACGUGGAGCAAGCGAGCUGCCUGUACUGCCUCGGUUCCAUGGAGACGAAUGGCGCGUAUUGGUCUCAGAUGGGGAUGAUGGUUGCCACGGUCACCAACGCGCUGGCCGAUGUCACGAAGAUGGGAAAGGCCACACAGGACCAGGAAUGCAUCACGUACUUCGGCAAGCUGACAGCGUGAGCCAGCUCACAGCGAGGUCCCGAAAUGGGGGGCAGCAGCCAACGUGUGAUCUGCCUGCAAAUGUCCUCGGGCAUAGCCAAAGCCCGAAUAAUUGGAGGGUAGGGGACAUGCCAGCCAUAAACUGGUGCGGAUAUCCGCCGUUUCAAAUCUUGCAGCAUGGUGCUGGGUAGACCAUUGUGAGCCCCGACUCUGUGGCUGUUGAGCGGCUCAAGAGGCGUCCUCAGGAAAGUGAUUGGGCACUUGCUAGGGGCUUGAGACGUCAGGCGGCCGCGCUUGCUAUGCCAAAGCCAAGGAAGCGAAACGCCGCGCUCCGUGGCGAGGUCAAGCCGCGCGAGUUGGCGCGCGACGCGCCGCAUCCCGAGAAGCGAAGAGCGGCGUCCGCUCUCCGCGGCAAAGUCAGGAAGCGCAAGUUGGGGCAGGCCUACCCCUUCACGUGUCUGACCCUGUGGUGUCUGUGGU